UUAAAUAGUAGUGAAUGCGUGAACGCAGCAACAUUUAAUAACAAAAAUUUUAUUACUUAUAUUUUAUUAGUCAAUAAAUAUAAAUCAAUCAAUCAAUAUGGCUUACGGUGACUCUUCAGUUGAACGGAUAAUCAUAUCAGCUAUCUUACCAGUUAUUGUUUCACGAGCAAUUUAUUUGGUUAACGAAGAUGAUGCACAAAAAUGGUUAGGUACAAUGAAGAAUAUACCAGAGUGGGCAAACGCCAAAGACUUAUUCAAUGUUGCAUGGAUUACCACUUUAGCAGCUAGUGGUGUAGCAGCCGCCUUAGUUUUUAAUGCUAGUGCCGGUAUGAAGGGAGAAACAGCAACCAAAAAUCCAGCUCUUGUAGCAUAUGGCGGUCAAUUAGCUUUAUGUUGGACGUACGUCAUUGUUAUCUAUGCAUUAAAAAAUCUCGAUUUGGGCUUAGCCGUUAUUUUACUUGCGAAUGCCGUUUCAUUACUUGCAACAGUUGCUAUGUACAAGACAAGUGCAGUAGCUGCUUUAUUAAACGCACCCAUCGUUUUAUGGUUACUUUUACUAACUAGUUUAGUACUUCGUUGCCGUACUGCUAUGGCCGCUGCCGUAGUUGGUGACAAAAUGGCUAUUGUGGAAUAAUAGUCCAAAUUUUUGUUUGAUUUUACAAGAUUUUGUUAUUAUAUUUUGUAAUUUUUAUGUUUCGAGUAAAUAAAAAUUCGAAACGUCGAAAUCUGUUUAUUAUA